AUGCGGGUGAAAGAGCCAUCCAAAGUUUUAUCUGAGAAAGCCAAAAGGAGUAAAAGGCCGACUAUACCUCAUGAUGAAGACUCUUCAGAUGACAUCACUGGUUUUACUUGUCAACAUGUAAGUCAUGCUGUCAGUGUGAAUCAUGUGAAAAAGGCAAUAGCAGAGAAUCUGUGGUCAGUUUGCUCAGAAUGUUUAAAAGAAAGAAGAUUCCAUGAUGAACAGCCAGUACUUUCUUCUGAGAUUUGGUUGUGCCUCAAGUGUGGUUUUCAGGGAUGUGGUAAAAACUCAGAAAGCCAGCAUUCACUGAAGCACUUCAAGAGUUGGAGAACAGAGCUGCACUGUAUUAUAAUUAGCCUGAGCUCAUGGAUUAUAUGGUGUUACGAAUGUGAUGAAAAAUUAUCAACACAUUGUCAUAAGAAGGUUUUGGCUCAGAUAGUUGAUUUUCUCCAGAAACAUGUUUCCAAAACACAAACAAAUGCAUUUUCUAGAAUUAUAAAAUUUUGUGAAGAAAAACAUGAAACAGAUGAAAAAAAGAAGGGAAAAAAAGUCAACAGUAUUUUAUCUGUAAAAGGAAUUACAAAUUUAGGAAAUACUUGCUUUUUUAAUGCAGUUAUGCAGAACUUGGCACAGUCUUACAUUCUUAUUGAACUGAUGAAUGAGAUCAAAGAAAAUGGUACAGUACUCGAGAUUUUCCCUUCGUCAGACUCUCAGAUGGAUCCAUUAACAGUGGAACUUUCAAGCCCUGGACCACUGACCUCAGCCUUGGUCCUGUUUCUUCAUAGCAUGAAGGAGACUGACAGAGGAUCCCUGUCUCCUAAAGCUCUCUUCAGUCAGCUCUGUCAGAAGGCCCCCCGAUUCAAAGAUUUUCAGCAACAGGACAGUCAGGAGCUCCUGCAUUAUCUGCUGGAUUCAGUGAGGACUGAAGAAACAAAGAGAAUACAAGCUAGCAUUCUAAAAGCAUUUAACAAUCCAACAACUAAAACUGCUGAUGAUGAAACUAGGAAAAAAGUCAAAGCAUAUGGAAGCGAAGGUGUGAAAAUGAACUUCAUAGAUCGGAUCUUUAUUGGUGAAUUAACUAGCACCCUCAUGUGUGAAGAAUGUGCAAAAAUCUCCACAGUGAAAGAUCCUUUCAUUGAUAUUUCACUUCCUAUAAUAGAAGAAAGGGUUUCAAAGCCUGUAUUAUGGGGAAGAAUUAGUAAAUAUAGAAUUUUACAGGAGACACAGAAUGGCCAAUAUAGUGGCCCUGUUAUUGAUACUAUAGAAAAUAAUCACCAACCUAGAGACACCAGGAAGCAGUCUCCAUCUAUAGAUAAGAGUCAGCUAAUUCAUGGCAGAAAACGUGCAAGGAAAUUUUCAUCUGGAGAUGAUAAAACUGUUGACAUGUCCCUGAAAAAUGGAAACAAGGAAGUGAAUGGGGAUGCCUCAGCAUUUGCAAAAAUCAUGAAUACUGACUCGAAUCUGGCUGAAAACCCUACUGAUGGUAGUGAAAAGGAAGCUAGCCAUUGUGAAAGUGGUGUUGAUGCUGACAGUGAGGCCUCAGAAUCAGAAAGUGCUUCUAGGCAAACUCUGUUGCCGAGAUCCUGUAGUGGAUGCUAUGUGCACACAAAUGGACAUCACCAUCCAUCAGCAAGAGAACUGCCCACCAAGAAGACUGAUAGUGAUGAUGGAGGAAUGGCUAAAGUUAUAUCUGAACUUCAUUUAAACAGCACUGUUCCUGGAGAUAGAGAUUUCGCUGGAGAAAAUCAGCCACUUAAUCUUCCAAAUAAUUUAUAUUUUCCAGAGGAAAAGCAUACAAUGUCUCAUAGUCCACAAAAUGCUUUUCAGACCCUUUCUCAGAGCUAUAUAACUACUUCUAAAGAAUGUUCAAUUCAGUCUUGUCUCUACCAGUUUACAUCUAUGGAGUUAUUAAUGGGGAAUAACAAGCUUCUAUGUGAGAAUUGUACUGAAAAGAAACAGAAGUACCAAAGGGAAACCAGUUCUGUAGAAAAGAAAGCAGAAGGGGUUUAUACUAAUGCCAGGAAGCAGUUGCUUAUUUCUGCUGUUCCAGUUAUCCUAAUACUCCACCUUAAAAGAUUCCAUCAGGCUGGAUCAACUCUUCGCAAAGUAAGCAGACAUGUAGAUUUUCCAGUUAUACUUGAUUUAGCACCAUUCUGUUCUGCUAAUUGUAAGAACGUAAGAGCGGGAGAGAAAGUUCUCUACGGCCUGUACGGCAUAGUGGAGCAUAACGGCUCAAUGCAAGGAGGCCACUACACUGCGUACGUGAAAGUGAGAACCCCCUCUAGGAAGUUAUUGGAACAGAUCACUGGGAAGAAAAGUGUACCUGGUUUGAAAGAACCAGAUAGUGAAUCGACAGGCCUGUGGUUCCAUGUCAGUGACACUCGUGUGCAGGAGGUUCCAGAAUCAAGAGCACUUAGUGCACAAGCGUACCUGCUUUUUUAUGAAAGAAUAUUUUAA